CGUCCUUCCAAAAGGCAAACAGUCCUAAAGGAUUGUCCUUGUACGGAUUCUGACACGUCUUUACGUUAUUGUACAGUAUAUUGUUUGGUCUGCUGGCGAACUGUUUUGUUUUUAUUAAUAAUAUUCUGAUAUUUGGAAGUCAGAUGUCACCUGCUAGGUCAGUGCUUUCUCUCUCCAAGGUUUUCCAGCCCUGGGCCGGACUAAAGGGUAACACGGUCAAUGUGAUAAGACCAAUUACAUGCAGCAGGAGAGAGACCUCUUCUUACACUCCCCCUCCUGCAAAGUACGGAGGCCGACACACAGUAACCCUGAUCCCUGGAGACGGCAUCGGUCCUGAACUUCUGAGUCAUGUCCGGGAGCUUUUCAGGUUCUCCUGCGUCCCUGUGGAUUUUGAAGUAGUGAACGUCGACUCAACAGCUACCUCAGAGGAUGACAUAAAUAAUGCUGUCACAGCCAUCAGACGCAAUGGGGUUGCACUCAAGGGUAAUAUAGAGACCAAUCACAAACUUCCACCCUCUCACAAGUCCAGAAACAACUUGCUACGCACAUCGCUAGAUCUAUAUGCUAAUGUGAUGCACUGCCAGACUCUCCCUGGUGUCCAAACCCGGCACAAGGACAUAGACAUCAUCAUCAUCAGAGAGAAUACAGAAGGAGAGUACAGCAGCUUAGAGCAUGAGAAUGUCCCAGGAGUCGUAGAAUGUCUGAAGAUCAUCACCAGGACGAACUCAUUGCGGAUCGCUGAAUAUGCCUUCAAACUUGCCCGGGAAAAAGGUCGUCGCAGGGUCACUGCCGUACAUAAAGCCAACAUCAUGAAGCUGGGUGAUGGUCUCUUCCUGCAGUGCUGUAAAGAGGUAGCAGCAGGAUAUCCAGACAUUACUUUUGACAACAUGAUUGUGGAUAACACUACCAUGCAGCUCGUCUCCAAGCCCCAGCAGUUCGACGUGAUGGUGAUGCCAAACCUCUAUGGUAACGUAGUGAGCAAUGUGUGCGCCGGACUUGUGGGUGGCCCAGGUUUAGUUCCAGGAGCCAACUAUGGCAAAGACUAUGCUGUUUUUGAAACAGCCACAAGGAACACUGGGAAAAGCAUUGCAAACAAGAACGUUGCAAACCCAACGGCUACAUUGUUGGCCAGCUGCCUCAUGCUGGAUCAUUUAAAACUUCAUGAUUAUGCCAGUAUAAUUCGAAAAGCAGUCCAUACAACUUUAUCUGAGACGAAGUUACACACGGCUGAUCUUGGGGGUCAAGGCACAACGUCCGAGGUGGUCCAAGCCGUGAUGCAGGUGGUUCAGAGGAACAGACUGCAUAUCUCCAAACCUGUCUGAACAAAUGUGACACCUGAACAUAAGGUCGACACCUUCAAUCAAUAUAUACUACAAAACUGUGUGAAGCUUAUGUAUAUGUGUGUUCGGUUAUGUGUGUGUGUGUGUGUGUGUGUAGCAUUACAACUUCAAACUAUCACAUUUUAAUUCAAUUGCUUUCCAUGUGGGUAAAAUCCUAAAUAUGCAAGACUGUAAUUAAAAAAAAUGUAGCAGCAGUGAGUGUAGAGAUUUAGAAUUUUUAAAUAUCCAGAGUUUACUUGAAAGCACUAAUGCUGCAUUUGACUCAACUCAGAAGUGGAAAGCCAGAACUUGAACUAACACAAAUGCCUCAACUAACUUUGACGAGGAAUGUAUAAUUAUCUCCUGUAUAGUCGGUGUUAUAGACUCAACAAACUAAUAUACACAUAUUAUGAUUUACCUAAAGGAAAUGCUUGUAUGGUAUAACUCAUGUAAAAGUAAAGAACGCCAUCUUGCUUAUGUGAACCGCCAUGUUGAUGUGAUAUCACUAGGAGAACUCUCUGACUUUCCAAGUAGCAAUCCUGAGUUCCGCUUUAGUCCAGUGCAGCUCAAGAUCAUGACAUAUGAAAGAACACACCAGGUAUACAACAAACACUCCUCAUACUACAGUAGGAACCUACGUACAUACUCAGUACAUUGAGACAUGGAAUAUGACGACGCACCUGCUACAAGCACUUUUGCACCUUUAACAGGAUAUCAAAGGGAUUCAUGGACACGUCUGUCUUUACUAUUUAUACAAACGUUUCAUAUCGUAUAUGGACACAACACUGGUCUAAAGUUAGAGCGUUAAGCACGUUGUUUAGCUGUAAUAUGUAAUUCAAUCUCCAGCAUGCAGGUGAUUGUAAAGUUCCUCUCAAUUUUCCAGGCUUUUUUAGAGCUUCCUCUGGCAACAAAACAAUCCAACGUUUAUUUUUAGUUUUAUUUUAUGGAACCGAGCAUGACUGUGUUCUUAACUUAAGGUGUGAUUUAUGCGCAGGCUGGUCUCUUGACGUAAAGGUGCUUUAAUCCUGGACCAACAAACACUGCAAUUCUUUAACACGGUUAACACACCAACACUAAUUAAUCUUUAAGAAACAUCAUUUGCACCUUAAGGUGUGGAUUUGUUAGAGACGGAUAGUUACAUAAGCAGGGGUAAGCUGUGGAGGAAAAAUAGUACCAGUUACUGCGAUGAGUGAUGUUUCCUGUAUGUGAAUACCAAACAGAAUGUCUCUACUCUGCUUUUUGACUUACAUAAUUCCGUGCUGGAAACCAUUGCUCACUGAGUGAUAAGGUUCGGGAAAACACAUAAAACCUCGAAUCUGUACCUCAAAAACGAGAAUCUGUAGCAACAUCAGUAGUGUAUGACACACAUUGUUUUUCAUUAAUGUAGCAUUAUGGAAGAAAUGUAAACCAAUGAGAUUGUGUGUAAUAAAUAAUCAACU